CAACGCUGCCCGUUCCGGCUCCCCACUCUCUCCGGUCCCAGUUCAAUCCCCAUCAGCUGCACUCGAAACGGCGCCAGAACCCCCAAAUUCCCCAUCCCAGAUGCCCAGCACUCUCCGCCUAACCAAUCUCCACACAUGAGGAAGGCGGCGGCGGCGGCGGCGGCGCCUCCAACCGCGGCUGCCAAGACGAAAGCGGCGGCAGCGGUGCCCGCGGCUGCUAAGAAGAAGCCCCUGGCGAAGAAGAAAGCGGCAGCGGCCGUACCCGCGGCCAAGAAGAAAGCAGCAGCGGCGGUACCUGCGGCGAAGAAGAAGGCGGCGGCAGCAGAUGUUGCCAAGAAGAAGAAGACGGUACCCGCAGCCAAGAAGAAGGCGGCGGCGGCGGCACCUGCAACCAAGAAGCGCGCAUCCGGUGGAACGGCCGGGUGCAGGCCACGGAAACGGGCACGGGAUGACAACUGCGACGGCGAUCUCAUCAGCAACCUUCCGGACGCCGUCCUAUGCACCAUCAUCUCCCUCCUCCCCACCAAGGACGGCGCUCGCACGCAGGCCAUCGCACGCCGAUGGCGCCCUCUCUGGGGCUCCGCGCCUCUCAACCUCGACGCCGAGAACCUCAACACCAAUGAUUUCAAGCAGCCGCGCCGCCGCCGAGGGCCUCGACCGUCGACGGAAUCCAUCAUCUCCAGGAUCCUCUCGGACCACCCUGGCCCCGCCCGUCGCUUCGACUUCCGAUUAACCUGCAUCUUCCCAACAAAAAGAGAGCAGCCAAGAGUGUUGCUCAGAUCGUGAGCUGGUUAAACUCUCGGAGCCUCGACAACCUUGAGGAGCUCCAUAUCUUAUUCCCGAUCUUGUGUCGAGCAGCUCCGACCCCCAUGCUCAGAUCCGUGCUCCGCUUCGCAUCAACUCUCGUCGUGGCCACUGUUGGCCACUGCAAUUUUCCAGAUGAGAUCGCUCCUUCAUUGAAUUUCCCCAUCCUCAAGCAUCUCACCCUGCGUCACGUUAACAUCUCCGUGGAUGCAUUCCAUGGUGUUCUCUCCGCCUGCCAUGUGUUGGAGACCCUAUUUCUGCCUGAAAAUGUUUACAAUGGCUCCCUCCACAUAAGCUCACGAAAUCUUAGGAGCAUCUGCUUCAGUGAUUGUUUUAUGGGCACAAACGAAUUGGUUAUUGAGGACACCCCUCACCUUGAAAGGCUGCUUUGUCCAUGCUUGGACGUCGAGACUAUCCGGGUAAAUAGGGCACCUAAACUGGAGAUAUUGGGCCCAUUGUCACCGCGCAUCUCCAAUGUUCAGAUUGCAAACCUAGUCUUUCAGGGGUUGGUUCCAACCAGCUUCAACAAUUUGAUAUGCACAGUGAAGGUUCUGGCUCUCCAGUUUUAUUGCGCUGAUUUGAAUGCGGUUCUUGACGUCCUCAGGUUCUUCCCCUGCUUGGAAAAGCUUUAUGUUAUGUGGAACAAAUACUUAAACACAGAGAUGAACAAUGGGCGUCAUUAUGACCCAAUAGAUCCAAUCAAAUGCCUUGAGACCCAUCUCAAAACACUUGUGUUGAAGAAUUACAAAGGCGACAAGCAAGAUGUUUACCUUUGCCAAGUUCUUUGUUCUGAAUGGGAAAGUGCUAAAUGCGAUCAAAUUUGGCGUGACUGUGAAGUUCGACGAGAAAUGGGUGGCUGAUCAACACAGGCUGCUAGGAGUGGAAAAUGAAGCUUCUCCGGACCUUGAGUUUAAACAUUGUUCGUACUAUUUGAAUCGCCAUUCAGAUAUCCAUGACUUGUCAAUUGCUGAUCCCUUCAACAACUCUUUUCUAGCUGAAGAUGAUGCCCUUCCAGUGAUAUCAUGCUCUUCCAGUUCUGACGAGGAUAGUACCUGAAGACCGUGUUAUCUUGCGCUUGUGUUUAUGGUGCCGAUGCCUCGAUAUUGUGCUGCCAGCAGUUCAAUGCUUGUUUCUCUGUUUCUAGUUUAAUGUUCCUUUGUUAUUCCCAGCAUGGUAUGUCAUGUAACUGUGAGCUAGUGAACUCAGCAUCAAACUCCUCUCUUAACAUGUCUUUUGUCUGAGAAAGGAGGACUCUCGUUUGUGUCAGCAAUGCAUUCUUGGUGAUCAGAC